AUGGCUCCCAGCGCUGUCUCCGAGACUGAAGUUCGUUUGGACCAGAAGACCAAUGGCCAUACCAACGGGACUGGCAAGCUGCGCCGCGAGCCGAUGAAGAAUUCAGGGUCAAUCGACCACCUCGAGUAUGUUGACGUUACGCCCGUCAUCGGCCGCGAGUAUCCCACGGCCAAGAUCAAGGAGAUUUUGACAGCGUCCAACUCGGAGCAGCAGCUGCGGGACCUGGCCAUUACCAUCUGCGAGAGGGGUGUCGUCUUCUUCCGUGCCCCCCAGGAUGACCUUACCGUGGAGGAGCAGAAGACGGUGACCGAUCUGCUCGGCAAGCUUACUGCACGACCAGAGGAGAAUGGUUUGCAUGUGCACCCCCUCUACAGGGAUCCUAACAACAUCCCGAUGGCGGAUGGGACGACCGAUGAGAACAUCUAUGUGAUCAACUCUGAGGCCAUGAAGAAGCUCUACAAGACCAUGAAGGGUCGUCCAAACGAGACCAGCGAACCCCGAGACCUGGGCCGUGAAUGGCACAGCGACAGCUUGUUCGAGAACUGCCCAUCAGACUUCAGCUUCCUCCGUAUGCAGGACACCCCUCCAGCUGGUGGCGACACCCUCUGGUGCUCCGGCUACGAGAUCUACGACAAAAUGUCCCCCUCCUGGCGCUCCUACAUGGAAACCCUCACCGCCACCUGCGCCCAACCCGUCUUCAAAUCCGCCUGCGAAGCCGGCAACUACGAAGUCAUGACCCCCCGCGGCUCGCCCCUCAACAAGGACUACGAGUUCGCCCCCGUGCACCCGGUGAUCCGCACCCACCCCGUGACCGGCUGGAAGAGCAUGUUCGCCGGCGUCGGCCUGCACGUGUCCAAGAUCAACGACGUCUACAGCUACGAGGACCAGAUGAUUCGGGAUUACAUUAUGCGGUUGAUUACGAGGAGUCAUGAUUCCGUUGCACGGAUGCAUUGGACGAGGCAGGCGUGUGCGAUUUGGAGUAAUGAGUGUACUUUGCAUGCGGCUACGCCUGAUACCCAUCUCGCCAACGGCGUGAGGACCGGUGUUCGUGCUUCAGGAAUUGGAGGCGUGCCGUAUCUUGACCCUGCGUCGAAGGGACGCCAUGAGGCUCUUGGUCUGCCAUUUGCAUGA